UGUUUAGAACAACACGUUUCCCGGGGGCCGCUGAACAGGUCGUCACGACCGGACGCUCAGUCGGUGGCCAUGUGUGAUUUCUUACUGAAGCUAGCGAGUUGUUGGUGCCUGACCAAGGACGGAAAAGUGUCACCAGGAGACUGGGAUGAGAAGGCAGUGAAAGAUGUGAAGGGAAUUUCUGUAAACGCUGUGGAAGAGGACCUUUCUGUAGAUGUCGCACAACAUGAUGGGAAGAUACAGAGAGAGCAAAGGUAUAUGUUAAACGCGCUGACGAAGUGUCCAUCCGCCCCGAUGUCCCAGCCGAGGCCGAGCAAGUCGUCAUCCGACGUUUUAGUCCAGCUGCGAGAAGAGGGCGUGUUACCCCUCAAAUGUCACGGGGACGCCGUGGCCUUCGAGGUGCCGGCCACCGCCGAGGAGCCCAGCUCCCCGUCGACGUCGAAGCGUCCGCCGCGUCGCCCGAUCAAGCUGUGCAAGUUGGAGGAGAGGAUGGAGGAAAGGCGGAGGCAGUUCAAGAAGAAGUCGGCAGGGUCCGGGACGGAGCUGAGGAGAGAGCUCAGCAACGCAGACGUCAGGAGACGGGAGAUUCUAGCUGAAAGAUCCCGCAAACUUGCCGACCAGACGGAGAAGAAGGCGGCCAAAGUGACGGCAAAGAAGCCGUCUGGAGGGACAGCCUUCGUCCUGACGUCUGUGAGCGACUCCGACGUCAUCGCAACGCGCGAGAGCCGGGAGAUGAAGGCCCUGGAGAGGCGGCUGGCCCUGAGGAGGGCCCGGGUGGCCAAGAGGGCCUCCUGGGAAGACCAGCGGAAGCGCCAGGAAGACGCCGCGGAACGACGCCAGGUUCAGGUGGAGGCGACCGUAGCCAAGGCCAAAAAGUUGGCGGCCGGACCCAGCGUCAGCCCCGUGUCGGAGGAGGAGGAUCCCGAGGGCUUCUCCUGGGACCAAGAACCCCUGGAGACGUACGAGCCAGACGAGUCCGACCUCCAGGAGUACGUCUUCUAGGAGACAGUUGUCAAUAAAGCUUCAGACAACAUGAUUAGCUUUGUGACUUUAGUUCCAUGACUCCGAGAGUGUGUGCUUAAUGACCAGUCAAAAGGGUUUAGUUUCAUCAUCAGCUUUUGUUGCGCGCACGUGACGUAAUGCAAGGGCGAUAAGCUAGACCAACAAUACUAGUAGUGGCCCUAACAGUAAUAUACAUUUCUGGCGGCAACAAUCUAUAAUAUAGUUCAGUCCAAAAUAUGUACGUUUACCACUCACUUUUAAUUACAAAGCUUUGUUAAUACAUACGUUAGUUUGUUAGUACCGUUAGCACGCCU